AUUUCCCAUUCGCUGUUUGUCCGUCGUGUGGUGCGCUGCGCGGUUCUGGUUCUGUGGGUGAAGGAAAGGGGCAUUUGUGCAUAACCGUUUUUCAGUUGGUGUUUUCACCCCUUCAUCGACAAUAAGUCACAAAUAAGUGGCUACACAGAGCUUGCUGAGCUGGUCGCCAUGCUGCCAUCACGGAUGCUGUGCCGCCGCAACUUUAAAUGGUUGCUGCUGGUGGCAGCAGUUUGGUGCUUUGGCAUCGUCUACUACGUGUCUGUGAAGGGCAAUGACCCACCACAGACCUCGGGCGCGAACCGGGCUCUCCGCCUGAAGGCCGCUCCCGAGACGGCGGCCACGCUGUCGGCCGGUCGGCGGCCCGGCGCCCCGCCUCCGUCGGUGUUCGACGAACGACAGUACGUGGCAGGAGGCGCCCUGAGACCCGGCGAGGACCCCUACAAGCGUAACAAGUUCAACCAGAAGAUCAGUGACAGCCUGGCCAGCGACCGCAGCAUACCGGAUACCAGAAACUCGGCAUGUCAGCAGCGGAUAUGGCGGCAGGAUCUGCCGGCCACCAGUGUCAUCAUCACUUUCCACAACGAGGCGCGCUCCACGCUGCUCAGGACUGUCGUCAGCGUGCUGAACCGCAGCCCGGAACACCUGAUCAAGGAGAUCAUCCUGGUGGACGACUUCAGCGAUAACCCUGAGGAUGGAAUUAUGCUGGAGAAGAUUGAGAAGGUCAAAGUACUGCGGAACGACAAGCGUGAAGGUCUGAUGCGCUCCCGGGUGAAGGGCGCUGAUGCGGCCACGGCGCCUAUUCUGACCUUCCUGGACUCUCACUGCGAGUGUAACGAGAACUGGCUGGAGCCUAUGCUGGAGCGGGUAGCUGAGGACCGGUCCCGCGUCGUCUGCCCCAUCAUCGACGUCAUCUCGAUGGACAACUUCCAGUACGUGGGCGCCUCUGCCGACCUGCGCGGCGGUUUCGACUGGAACCUGGUCUUCAAGUGGGAGUACAUGACGGAGACGGAGCGGCGCCGCCACCGCGCCGACCCCACGUUGCCCAUCAAGACGCCCAUGAUUGCCGGUGGUCUGUUCGUCAUGGAUAAGGCCUGGUUCGAGAAGCUCGGCAAAUACGAUAUGCAGAUGGAGGUGUGGGGUGGAGAGAACCUCGAGUUUUCGUUCCGUGUGUGGCAGUGCGGUGGCUCGCUGGAGAUCAUCCCCUGCAGCCGUGUGGGUCACGUGUUCAGGAAACAGCACCCCUACUCGUUCCCCGGCGGCAGCGGUCAGGUGUUUGCGAAGAACACUCGCCGUGCCGCCGAGGUGUGGAUGGACGACUACAAGAAGUUCUACUACGCCGCCGUACCGCUGUCCAGAAACGUGCCGUUCGGAAGCAUUCGUGAGCGGACUGAGCUGAAGCGUCAGCUCAAGUGCCACUCGUUCCGGUGGUUCCUCGAUAACGUCUACCCGGAACUGAAGGUUCCAGACGCCGGCGACAUGGCGUUCGGCUCCAUCCAGCAGGGUCACAUGUGCGUGGACACGCUCGGUCACAUCGUGAACGGCACUGUGGGCCUCUACUCCUGCCACAACGGCGGGGGUAACCAGGACUGGACUUACACCCGCGAGCAGACGAUCCGGCACAGAGACCUGUGUAUGACGCUGCUGGAGGCGCGGCCCGGAGCGCCCGUGCUGCUGCAGCGCUGCCGCACCAGUCAGACCAACCAGCGGUGGGAGCGGCGGGACGGCACCAUUCGACACGUGCUGUUCGACCUCUGUGCCGACUCAGACCUACCCCAGUCGCGCGGUAUGGUGGCGCGGGCCUGCGACCCGGAGACGCUGACCCAGCAGUGGCGCUUCACUGUCAACCAGAUCUGAGCGCGCCCAACCGACACGCGUCAACCGAGAGCACUUUCAGAGCUUGUGAUACUGCCGCCGCGCCCGGCAACGGAGGGUACUAGAGUGUCGGUCGACAGUCGCUAGGCGGCGCUAGUGGUGCGACAGGCCGCUCUCGCACGGGCUGCGGUGGAACUGUUGGUCUGCGCAUUGACGCGGCCGCCAAUAGGUAAAAGUGUUGGAAGAUGUGGACUGCUGUCGCCGCACGGAACUGGUGGUUCGUGUGAUGGCCACUAGCUGUCAGUAGGUGGUUCUAGCGGUCGGGACCGCUUCAGGGAGUAGGUGCGAGACCGCUGGCCGACGAGAGUCGGCUCUGCCCCGCCCUUCGACGGAAGCUGAACGGCCGAUGGUGGCUGGUAGUUAACCCUAGAACGCCUAGGGGGGGGGUUGUAUCAACCCCCCCUGAGGUUUUUUCGAAGUGCACGCUAAACGGCUUGUCGUAGCGGGCUGAAAUUUUCAAUACCCUCUGGGGCAACCUUUGCGCAUCUUUUGCCGAAAAAAAAAUUGAUCGGGUCAUGUCAGGUCACGGAGUUAUGACGUCAUAAGAGGUACAGCCUCCGGCCGACAGUUACCAAACGUGUGCGCCGAAUCCCUAGGUUUUCUGCCGGUGAUACCCACAUUGUUUGAUGGAUCAUGAUGAAACUUCCCAUGCAUGUUGGGGCAAGCAUUGGCUAUCGUGUGGUGCAAGAAAAUUGACCGGGUCAGGUCAGGUCACGGAGCUAUGACGUCACAAGAGGAACAGCGUCCGGUACUAUUUUUGAAAAGCGCCCGAACCACUAUUUUGCUAAUUCUUGUCACCUCAAUGGGAAUAUGCAGCAAUAUUAGCUUCUAUAGGAAGCAAAUGGACCUCCCAAAUCCAAAAAUACAAUCAGAUUUCAAAAAUUUAAAUUUUGAUUUUUCGAAUUUCUGCCGCCGACUGUGACCUUGCCGACUUCCGGCGCUCCCAACGCGCCAUUUUUAGAGCUAGGGAAACGAAAUACAUACCAAACGAUAGAGAAUUGAUCAAGGAACACGAUAGUGAAAGUUUCAAGUCGAUAUCUCCCACCGUUUUGCCGCAAUCGCCGCGGAAAGUUGAAAAAGUUUGAUUUUUUCGGAAAAUUUGACCUUUGACCGGUCAUAAGUAGGUCAAAUGUUGACCUAGGACCAAAAAAUAUACCACCAAUCGCGAGAUCUCGUUGAGAGCAAUCCGUUGGUUUUUUCCGCUAAGCUCUACGACCUUCCGUUUCGAAACGCCAGGGGGGGGGGUCGUAACAACCCCCCCCCCCCUGGUCGUUCGUGUUAUGAGAAAUGGCCUGGUCGUGCGAGGGUUAAGAGGGGCCCUGCCUGGGCACUGGGUGACAGCUACGGCGACCCAACCUGACCUACCUGACCGGACCGGACCGGACCUGAGGUGUCUUCCGGUGUGGCGCUCCCUCAGCAUCCCGGGCAGGCGCGGUGGACAGAGCAGUGGCCGCAGACAGCGGCACUGGAGACAGCGGACGGACAGACAGUUGUCGCAGACAGCGACGCAGUCAGUGGAGAUCGCGGGGCAGCUCCGCCCCUCACAGGAAGAUCGUGAUUCUACGAUCAGCUCGGGAACAUACUUCGUUUUAGCAUUUCAUGUCGCUUCUCCCCUAGAAAAGAAAUUAGUACAACGAUUUAGUAACGAAUGAUGAAGGGUGCGUUCUUCUUAAGGACUUGUGAACAUCUUGUAUGUGACAGGAGAGAGUGGCAUGUGACUGAAGUCAGAUGUAUGUGUAUUUUAGGCAAUAGGAAGGCGAACUUGUGGGUAUAUUACUCCACAAUUAAUCGCACUUAAACAUAUUUUCUUUCAGACUUAUCUGAAGUACGAUUGAUGAUCUGCUUCUGGUCUUAGGAUUGCUGCAUUCUGUAUACAGUGUGUCGAGUGUGUGGUACAUGUGCACGUUUGCGCAAACUGUGAAUCCAUAACUUAUCCAUGCCAAUCAUUUCACCAUUCGAAACGUCUUUUCCGGAUUUAAUAUUCGUGUUAUCGGCGGACAAUCGACGAAAAGGCUGUUGAAUGCAUCUGAAACUCAUUCAGAUGGACACCAAGCGAAACGGAGAAUGUUCUUGAAAGGAGUUAUGAAUUGCAUGCUUGUCAAACUUGCUGUUUGUACUUUUCUGCUUUUUUCGUAAACGACUUUUAUUUGAGGGAUCAGGAAAUGACUGGAAUCAUGCGUACCGGUUGUUGCAUAAUAUGUUUGUGAACUACAUUCUGUGUGUGUCGAGUCCCUCCGCGACCUGAAGGUCUUCCAGUCGGGUGUGGACAUGGAGAAAAGUGUGUCACUACGCUGCAGCCGCCUCCGGGUGCGCCGCCAAAUAAACUCGAUAUUAUUACGGUC